AGCAGCUAAGCCGAGAGACGCUGCAGACAACCCUCAGUUCCUCUCCUGAAGCUGCUACUGAAAGCCUGGCAAGAUCCUUCCAGGAUGAAGGGCUUCCUCUUUCUCCUACUGGCCAUCAUCUUCCUGCUCACCAUUCAGAUACAAACCGGAGUCUUGGGGAAUCAGACCACCCCUGCUGCCUCCAGCCUCGUCACUGCCACCACCACCAGCCGCAGCAGCAACAAAGGCUCUACUAAACCCACUGCCAAACCAGCCAAGAGCGGCGUCCUAGCUCUUGGUGACAUGGGCCGUGGCAGUUUCUUCUUCUUCUUGACCAGCACCCUCAUUCACCUCUUCUACCACAACUGAGGUGACAGCCUCACCACCCCCAGCACUAUGCCCCCUUCAAAAAGCUGCCACCAUUGCUAGCCUGAGUCAUCCUCCCGCAGUCCUCGGCAAGGGCUGAUCCCGGAGGUCCCAGGUGGGAGAAAUUGACAAGUGGGGUGGUGGGGGCAAUGAUCAAAAAUGGGGAGGUAAUGAUGUGGAAGGAAAGAACCACCAGCUGGGGGGGGUCAAUAAAGUUGUCCUUGGACUGGA